AUGCACUCAUGUGACACUCAUGAGGACCAGCCACGCCCCAUGUCUGCACGCGCUUUAUCUUGCCCUCCACUUACAUCGGUCUCACCCGGUCAAGCAGAAAGCCUACAAGCUACGAUGAAGACAUUCCGGCUCCUUAAUACAGCGACCUGGGCAGUCGAGGUCUUUGAGAUUGGCCAAGCGCCGCCGUACCUAGCCAUAUCCCACGCCUGGUCAGAUGCCGUCUUUCCCAGAAAACUGCCUCUCAGUCCUUCAUUCGGCAGCGAUGCAAUCGCGCAGACGAUCCACAAACGCGGUCUGCAUCAUGUGCGAUAUUGCUGGAUCGACCUCUUCUGCAUCAUACAAGACUCCGACGAGGACAUGUGCGAGCAGAUUCCGCUCAUGAGCCACAUCUACGGCGACGCUCAAGCCGUCUUGAUUAUGCUCACAAGCAAGCUGAAUCUCACGCAAGAGCAAGUGGACCAAGGCACAGCGCAGCUCGACGAGGCUAUUGCGAUUUGGCGCGAAGAAGCAUGGACGGACGAGGGCGUGCAAGAGUAUUGGGGGCGCGGGCGCGGGCGCGGCACGCUCGUGCAGGCUAUGGGCAUACUUGCGCGUUUUACAAACGCGGCCUGGGGCACCCGCGUCUGGACGCUGCAGGAGUACCUGCUGGCCACGACUGUUGUAUGGAUUGGCGCUGACUUGGAGCCAAUCUUGAUCCAUGAUGAGCUUUUUGUCGCUAUACCCCGGCUCUGCGAGGAGUUAGGCAUAUCCGAAUGCGCACACCGAGAAGACCCGGCCACCAGCGAGUAUGAACUGCUGUUCUCGCACUUCUCCGGCAUGGCCGCUCGGCGCACUGGUGCCAUCGAUCGCACGCGCGUGAUGGAGAUGCUCGGAAAUCGGCAGGCUUUUCUCCCCGUCGACGAGGUGUACGGUUCCAUGGCCGUUUCUACAGUCGAGAUUAGCGUCCGGCCUAAGGAGUCGAGGGAGAGUGCAUGGAAGAGGUGGACUGAGGCUGCGCUGACUGCUGGGCACCUGCGAUGGCUGAUGCUGCCUCCCUCUAUGCGCAUAGAGAAUAAUGCUGCUGGGCUGACAUGCGCAGAAGUUGCUUGCUCAGGGCGGCAUCUGCUAUCAUCGGCGUCUGGGUUGGAUACUGUAACGCCGUAUGGGCCUGUGACUGUUGAGGACGGUACAGUUGCGGUUACCGCAAGACGCAUUGGGCCGUGUGUCAUUCUUCGUAAACUUGGGCCCGUGCUUCGGGGUGGCGCCGGGUGGGUUCAUCGGGACUUGACGCUCAUUCUUUACGCAGAGGGUGCUUGGCUCUCUGCCAUUGAUGUAGCCGUCGCGUUCGGCGCUGGGCGUUAUACCAACAAACAGCUCAUUAUGAUUGCGCAAACACUUGCCAAUAACUACGAACGUGCUUUGCGAUUCAUCAAACAGCAUAUGGAGACCAAGUUUCGUCCGAUAUUUCCGGCGGAGCGGUAUCUGUCGGUAUGGGCUGAUUUCAUGCAGCUGCAGUCCCAGUGCGUCAUGGACAUGCUCAACUUUGGCGUUGGGUAUCUGAUUCGAGUACAAUGUCCUGCGACACAGAUACCGUUCGUGACCGUCCUCGUCACAAACGGACGCUGCCCGGAACGGGGCAUGGUGGCCUUUGACUGCAAUGCCCGCGGCGGUGAUGGACGGUCAAAGCUUUUGAUAUGUGAGAGACCGGACGCAGGGGCGUCGAAGCAGUCAAGUUUUCCAGAGACGCCAUGGCAUAAAGCCGGUGUUACGGUUGCCGUGGGUGAAGUCUACGGAUCUGGAUGGGAUUCCAUACCCUUCGACGAAGUUCACGUUGGAGGAUCGAGAUGCCGAGUAUGCAAAGGAGCUCCUGCUCCCGAAACGCAUAGCCAGCCCUCGGCUCGGGCUCCAAGACGACGAAAGGAUCAUUCGACCAUGAUGAGUGGUCGGUUGCGGAAACGACGCAGAGGUCAUGCACGUAAAAAUCGCAUCAACAAAGUCAUCAAAAUCAGGAUUCGUGGAAGGGGACGUCUGGCUGAUUUGAGCAGCUUGCUGGAGACAUGA